CGCUCUGCGCAUGGUCAGCGCUCCGAGGCUGGGCGGUGGCGCGCUAAGGCCCAAGUCUGCCCGAAGCGGGAGGCUGAACAGACGGGAGGUGACAGCAGAAAGGAAGCGCCAUGGUCCGCCCCUUAAACUUCAUAGCCGCCGUGGGCCAGAACAUGGGCAUCGGGAAGAACGGAGACCUCCCUUGGCCCCCACUCAGGAAUGAGUUUAAGUAUUUUCAGAGAAUGACCACAACAACCACUGUAGAAGGUAAACAGAAUGUGUUGAUAAUGGGUAAGAGGACCUGGUUCUCAAUUCCUGAGAAGAAUCGCCCCUUAAAAGACAGAAUUAAUAUAGUGCUUAGCAGAGAGCUCAAGGAAACCCCAAAAGGAGCACAUUAUCUCGCCAAAAGUCUGGAUGAUGCUUUAGUUCUUCUGGACUCACCAGAGUUAAAAAGUAAGAUAGACAUGGUUUGGAUCAUCGGAGGCAGUUCCAUUUAUAAGGCAGCAAUGGAGAAGCCAGUUCACCAGCGAUUGUUUGUGACAAGAAUUUUGCAUGAGUUUGAAAGUGACACAUUUUUUCCAGAAAUUGAUUUGGAGAAAUACAAACAUCUCCCAGAAUAUCCAGGAGUCCCUGCUGAUGUCCAGGAAGAGAAUGGCAUCCGGUACAAAUAUGAAGUUUACGAAAAAACUGUUUAGACAUAGUUAAUGUGAGGUUUAUUGCACUAAUGCGUACUGUCAACAUACAUUAAAGUUUCAUUAUUUAUA